GCAUUGAUGGGAAGACAAUACAAAGAGUUGUGCUGCUUGUGUACCCAAUUGGCAACAAGAUCUGCUGAAACAUAGGAAGCUUAUAAUAUUGCUUUGGAUUGUCUUAAAAAAAUUGCGGAAGAAGUGGAUGCAAGUUUGGCUGGAGAAAGUAAUGAUGGGACCUCUAAUGCCAAUAAUAAUGCAUCUCUGGAGAAUGAAGCUACCUUGGUGAAAGGAAUUGAGAAAAGAGUUAAAAGGGUUGAAAGUUAAAGAGAGAGCUACUGGAAGGUCUAGCAAAAGGCCAAGAAAUACUCUUGAAAGGGCGAUUAAGUCUAAAAGAACUCCAGUAAAUAAUUUGAACUCCAUGGAUAAUCCCAUUCAACAAAGUGAACUACAUCUCAUUCAACAAAGUGAAUUACAUCCACCUUCACGUUUCAGCCAAGAGGGUGUCACUUUUGGUGCACAUGUAGACUUCCCCUAUGACAGGACUUCAUUGAGUCCAUUUUCACAAGUGCCACAGCAAUACGAGUCUUACAACUCCUCAACUAGCAUGGGUGUUCCAGCUAAUCACCGGAUAUUUAACCAACCUUUCCAGUUAACCCAAUCAUCUCAAGCCGUGCCUACCAGCAUGGCUGAAUUACUGCAGGCUCCAUUAUCACAACCACUGGAUGAGGAAAUUUGGUUCAAUAGCUAGUAUGAAGGUCAACUAGAGAAGUAAUCAAGUUGAAGUUGAAGAUGGUGAUAUUUACUUCAACAACGGCUGUCAAAAAAAAAAAAUUGUGAUCGGCAGGGGUGUCAAGAUUAGAAGUGAAUGUUGUAGUUAUGAUCUUAUUAUGCUAAUUACCAAAAGUGAGCAAACCUCAUAUGUCCUUUGUGCUGUACCAAUCUAACGCAGGCGUGUUUAUUGGAGUAGUCCUUGAUUUUGUUCUACGUUUUUUGCUCGUUUCUGUUUGUUUCCAUCGGUUUUGCUUUUGCAGUCUCUGAUUUGGAUUUCAUGCCAUCCCGAGGCGGCUAGAUGGAUAGAUUGUUGGCUUUUCAUGUGUAAUUUCUCUUUAAUGGGUUGGUGUUG